CUCCGAUCGGCUAGUGCAGUCAGAGACGUCGUGCGUGCAAGAGAUAUGCAUAACGCAUGAGAGAGGAGCGUGCGAUUUGGCUUGAUAGAUAGAUACCUAUACACAUAUUUGUUGCAAGUGCCGUCCGUGUUCGGUCCUUUCCCGCAACUGCAAUGCGCGAGUGGUGUUGAACAGUGCAUCAGUUAUUGUUGUUGUUGUUGUUGAUUGUUGAUAACUAAGUGACGGCGUUCGGUGUUGGGUACGGAGAGUUGGGCCGGUUUGAGACGGAGUUGCAACCAAGUGACAUCAUUGGGUGGGUGGAGAGAAGAGUCGACGCUGGUCCUGUGCGCCCUCAGCAGGGGCUUAUGGCGGCGACCACGUACCUGUCUGCUAGCAGCGCGAUAACGGCAUCCGAUUUGGACGGCGGCGUUGGCGUUAUGAAUAUCGUCGGAGGAUAUCACACAAGCGCGUCGCCGCGGUCGGCGGCGGACGCCAGCGAGAUGAAGUACCUGCCGCACCACCACCACCAGCACCACCAUCAAAUGGCUAGCUCACCAUCGCCUAGCGGACAUGCGGCUGUUUCGUUAUCGGCGGGUAAUCCAUGGGUGAGUUUGCAACCAGGAGCUGACCCUUGGGCAGCUUCGAUGGCCGGCAUGCACCAUGCGCACCACCACCACCCGCACCAGGAUGUGAAACCGCUGAGCCAGCAGGCGGAUAUGAUGCACCACCGGCAGCAGCAACAGCAGAGUAUGGGAUCUCCGCACGCCUGGCAUGCGCCGGUGUCUUCAGCGCACUACAAUCCCGGCGGAGCCGGUUCACCUUUACAGCAGUACCAUGCUGCCAUGAAUGGCAUGCUAGCGCAUCACCAAGGUGCACCACAGCUGCAUCAUCCCCUGCAUCGGGACAUGCAAAGUCCGCACCAUGCGCAACACUCUGAUAGAGACGUUGUCAGCGGCGGCGAGGACGAAACACCCACUUCCGAUGAUCUUGAAGCAUUUGCGAAACAGUUCAAGCAACGUCGCAUCAAACUUGGUUUUACGCAAGCCGAUGUAGGUCUGGCGCUAGGCACCCUCUACGGUAACGUUUUUUCACAAACCACAAUCUGUCGAUUCGAGGCCCUUCAACUGAGCUUUAAAAACAUGUGCAAACUAAAACCGCUGCUGCAAAAGUGGCUUGAGGAGGCGGACUCUACGACGGGAUCACCCACCUCCAUUGAUAAGAUUGCCGCGCAGGGCCGCAAGCGGAAAAAGCGCACGAGCAUCGAAGUCUCAGUGAAGGGCGCGCUGGAGCAACACUUCCACAAGCAGCCGAAACCCUCGGCACAAGAGAUUACCUCGCUGGCGGACAGUCUGCAGCUCGAGAAGGAAGUGGUGCGCGUGUGGUUCUGCAAUCGGCGGCAGAAAGAGAAGCGCAUGACGCCGCCGAAUACGCUGGGCGGCGAUAUGAUGGACGGUAUGCCACCCGGCGCCCACAUGCACCCUGGCUACGGCCAUCACCCUGACAUGCACGGAUCGCCCAUGGGGCAGCAUUCGCAUUCGCACAGUCCGCCAAUGUUGUCCCCGCAGGGCAUGGGUCACCAGCUGACGGCCCACUAGCAUCCAGCCCAUUGGGCCUCCUUGCUCCAUCACAGCGACAACGGCUAGCGCCCCUAGGCGCUUGGACGCUUCCUGGCGCACGAGUGACACGAACUUUUAAGACCCGUCGGACGGGCGACACUACCUCACCUCAACCGCCAGGAUGCGCGUCCACCGGAGGACCCAGUGUAAAUAGUAUAAAUUAAAAGAUUGUGUGGAUAAACGAACUCUCGCUCACUCUCUCUUUCACUCACGACGUCGCGCGAGUAAUAAAUAAACAGAUUAAUAAACAAAUUGAAAAUCGCGCCUGGUGAAGCGUCAGUGUACCUUAAACGAAAACUUUGUACAUUUUGUAAAUACAUUACUAUUAUUUGAACACUGAAUGGACAUGCAUAUAGUUAAAAGUAAACUAAUCGAUGAACGAAGUGAUAUAUAAAAUAAUAACAGUUAAGAUGAAAUGAAUAUAAACACACACACACACAACAAAGCUGACCAAAAAAGGAAACGAUGGAAAGAAAAUACUUCACAACAAGCUUUACACCAACAUCGGGGGACGGCGUGGAAAUGUUCAAACCACGACGAGCACGAGCUGCUGCUGAUGCUGCCGCUGCUGGUGCUGCUGGAACAGUAAUUAUUCACGAACAAACGAUUUUGGGCCGAUCGUCAUCGAGGACCCAUGUUCAAUUAAGUAAAAAUUAUAUUUAGCGAUUAUUAUAAUAUAUAAAUUCACCCAAAAUUGUCACCAGUUUUCCAGAACAGCAAAACUAAUCGUAAACCAUUCGACGCCAUCUUUUGUGUUGUGUACCAAAAAGUCAUAUUUUCAAGCAGUAACUUGCUUUCGUUUAGCGUCGUCAACUUGUUUUUAAAUGUUCAUAAAUAAUCCGUACUGUUCUGUUUAAUUCAUAUAGUUUACUACACUGUAUUUACUCUGUGAGGAUAUUUUUCUUUUUGGUCAUCUGAUAACUGAAUAAUUGCAACGAAAUACGAAAGAAUCGCAAAAAACCAACAGAAAUCUCUUGUAAACGAAAAAAUCAUAAGAAAUAAAGAAAAAAAUACACUUGAGGACAUAGAAUUUUAAUGAUUGAUGAAUAUAAUAUUGAUGAGGAUUGAAUAUGUGUAUAUAUUUAUUAUUAUAUUAAUAUUAAUUAUAUAUCGUUGUACGGUGUGAAAAAAUUAAAUCGAAAAUGUUUUUAAAAUAA